UCCUCCAUUUUGUUGCCCGCUAUGGCGGCGGUGUCGAGGUUGGGCUCCGGAUGCGGCGCUUUUGACUGAGGGGGUAGGCCAGGCGGAGGCGUCGGGGACAUCGGCGUGGCUCAGAAGAGGACCAGCCUGGACGCCGGGGACGCUGUCAUGUACGGCGCGAGCAGCGGCCGCGCCAAAACCGAGAGGAAAAGCGGCGCGAAGGAGGAGGCCGGGCCCGGCGGUGCCGGCGGUGGGGGGAACCGAGUGGAGCUGCUGGUCUUCGGCUAUGCCUGCAAGCUGUUCCGGGACGACGAACGGGCCUUGGCCCAGGAACAGGGACAGCACCUCAUCCCCUGGAUGGGGGACCACAAGAUCCUCAUCGACAGAUACGAUGGGCGCGGUCACCUGCAUGACCUGUCUGAGUACGAUGCUGAGUACUCGACGUGGAACAGAGACCACCAGCUCUCCGAAGAGGAGGCCCGCGUCGAGGCCCUGUGUGAUGAGGAGAGGUAUUUAGCCUUGCAUACGGACUUGCUUGAGGAGGAGGCAAGGCAAGAGGAAGAAUACAAACGUUUGAGCGCAGCCCUGGCCGAGGACGGCAGCUACCGUGCUGUGGGGCUCACGUACGGCGGUGCCUACUAUGACCCGUCCGAGCCCACGGAGGAGGAGGAGCCCUGCAGGCAGAGAGAAAAAAAUGAGGCUGAAAAUGUAGAGGAAAACGAGGAGCCUUUCGUUGCGCCUUUCGGAUUGAACGUGCCGCCGGACGUGGAGCUGCCCCCGACGGCCAAGAUGCACGCCAUCAUCGAGCGCACGGCCAGCUUCGUGUGCAGGCAGGGCGCGCAGUUUGAGAUCAUGCUGAAGGCCAAGCAGGCCCGGAACUCGCAGUUUGACUUCCUGCGCUUUGACCACUACCUCAACCCCUACUACAAAUUCAUCCAGAAAGCUAUGAAGGAAGGACGGUACACGGUACUGGCAGAAAACAGAACCGAAGAGAAAAAGAAGAGCGGGGCCGGCUCCGACCACGAGGAGGACGAGGAGGAGGAGGACGGGAGUUACCUGCACCCGUCCCUCUUCGCUUCCAAGAAGUGCAGCCGCCUGGAGGAGCUGAUGAAGCCUUUGAAGGUGGUGGACCCGGAUCACCCCCUGGCGGCGCUGGUCCGCAAAGCGCAGGCUGACAGCCCCGCCCCCACCCCGCCCACGGCAGACGGCGCGGCAGGGCAGCCCUCCCGGGUGGAGUACGCCUCUGACUCAGCGGUGGCGGCCGUGUACUACAGCUACUACAUGCUGCCCGACGGCACCUACUGCCUGGCCCCGCCCCCGCCCGGCGUGGACGUGGGCUACUACGGCUCCCUGCCGGCGGGGGCCGCGCCCGGCUCCGCCCCCGGGGCCGCCGCCCCGCCCCCUCCAGGGACCACGCCCCCGCCUCCCCCGGCCGCCGCGGAGACCAGCAGCGCGGGGACCUCCACCGCCAUCGCCACAAGCACACUGGCUCCGGUGGCCGCCAUCAUCCCCCCACCCCCUGACAUUCAGCCCGUGAUCGACAAGCUGGCAGAGUACGUGGCCCGGAACGGCCUCAAGUUCGAGACCAGCGUUCGUGCCAAGAACGACCAGAGGUUUGAGUUCCUGCAGCCCUGGCACCAGUACAAUGCCUACUACGAGUUUAAGAAGCAGUUCUUCCUCCAGAAGGAAGGGGGCGACAGCGCACAGGCUGCGUCCACACCCGAGGAGGCUCCUGCAGAGUCUGCUCCUGACACGCCAAGUGACACCGCCGGGGAGGGCACCGUGUCCGAAGACGCGGCUGACGUGGGAAGGGGCAGCUCCUCAGGGAAGAAGGAGGCGCCACCCAGCAAAGCCGUCCCAGACGGGAAGCUGGUGAAAGCUUCGUUUGCUCCAAUAAGCUUUGCAAUCAAGGCCAAAGAAAAUGAUCUGCUUCCCCUGGAAAAAAACCGAGUUAAGCUGGACGAUGACAGUGAUGAUGAUGAAGAAAGCAAAGAAGGCCAGGAAAGUUCUAGCAGUGCUGCAAACACGAGCCCGGCAGUUGCCCCGCCCUGUGUGGUUGCCGAGGAGAAGCGGCCUCAGCUCACCCAGGAGGAGCUGGAGGCAAAGCAAGCAAAGCAAAAGCUGGAGGACCGGCUCGCGGCCGCCGCCAGGGAAAAGCUGGCCCAAGCGUCCAAAGAAUCAAAGGAGAAACAACUCCAGGCGGAACGUAAAAGGAAAGCGGCCUUGUUUUUACAGACCUUAAAGAACCCCCUGCCGGAGGCGGAAGCCGGGAAGGCUGAGGAGAGUGCUUUCACUGUGGAGGAAGCCAGCGCUGCGUCCUGUCCCCUGCUGACCGGAGGCAGGCCUCUGCCGACUUCGGACGUUAAAGCCCCAGAUGGGCCCCCGAGCAGAAGCAGAGACCCCCCGAGGGAAGAGGAGAGGGAGAAGAAGAAGAAGAAGCACAGAAAGCGGUCGCGGACCCGCUCGCGCUCUCCCAAGUACCACUCGUCGUCCAAGUCCCGGUCCAGAUCCCACUCAAAAGCAAAGCAUUGUCUUCCCAGUGCCUAUCGGACGGCCCGGCGCUCCAGGUCCCGGUCCCGGUCCCCUCGGAGAAGAGCGCACUCUCCCGAGAGACGGCGGGAGGACAGAAGUGUCCCCACCGCCUACCGGAUGAGCAACAGCCCCGGAGUCAGCAGGAAGCGGACCCGGUCCAGAAGCCCCCACGAGAAGAAGAAGAAGAGACGCUCGCGGUCCCGGACCAAGUCCAAGGCCGGGUCUCAGCCAGCCUCCCCCAGCAAGCAGGCCACGCGCCGGCACUCAGCCAGCAUCUCUCCCGUGGAGAGUCGGGGUUCCAGCCAGGAGCGCUCCAGGGGAGUUUCUCAGGAAAAAGACGGUCAGAUCUCCUCGGCAAUCGUCUCUUCCGUACAGAGCAAAAUCACUCAGGACCUCAUGGCCAAAGUAAGAGCGAUGCUCGCGGCUUCCAAAAACAUGCAGACCAGUGCCUCCUGAGACGCCCAGGCCC